AUGGUAGUUGGUGUUUUUCCAGCUCUCAAAUUGGGAGUCUUAUUUGUUAAACAAAUUAGUAAACCUUUAGCAAAGUUCCUUGUUAAUCAAGCAAAAAACCAUCCUGUGUUUAGAACUUAUUUUAUCAUUCCUCCAGCACAAUUCUAUCAUUGGGCAGAAGUAAAAGCCAAAAUGUAUGUAAUGAAUCUUGGUAAACCUACAAAAGUUGCAAAGUUAAAUGAAGCUAUGGCUAUAGAAUUAGGAGCCAAUCUAAUGGGUGAAGUAAUUAUUUUUAGUGUUGCUGGUGGUUGUUUAAUAUUAGAGUAUAAUCGUCAAGUAGCAAAAGAAGCAAAAAAAGAGGAUGCACGUCUUCAACAAAUAAAAACUUUCACUAGUGAGAUUAAAAAUUUGAAUCAAAUUACUUCUCAACAAGAAAGUCAAAUUCAAUAUUUGCAAGAAGCUGUUCAAGAAUUAGUGAAACAUACAAAAUAUGAAUUGGUUGUACAGCCAAAAAUAAAAGAAAUAAAUGAAGAAGUUCAACAAUUUAAUAUUGAUGAGAAACAAAAUAGAAGUGUAAAUUCAAAGAAUGAAAAACCAUCAAUAAUUGAACGUGCUAUAUUAUAUUAUGAAAAUAAUGUAAAAACAGAUAAAUUCAGUUAA